AUGACUGAAGCAGCUAAAAAAGCAGCUCAUCAAAUAUGUGCUAUCAUCAAUAAUAUGGAUAUUACGCCAGCUGAAUCUGAUCGUAACAUCAAUAAGAUUCUGUCGGAAAUGACGGAAAGCGAUCGAAAAGCAUUGGACGCGUUCUACGACGAGUCAAUGGAACCACUCAUAAACUAUCUAGAAAACAUCCAGUUUCCUGCGCUACGUAAACUAUAA